GAGCUCAUUCAAGCAACAGUUUUGUGAACUGUGGAGUCAAGUUAUUCCGUAGUUAUUCCAAAACGUCUCUUCCUUGAUUAGUGCCAUGAUUGCGAAGAAGAUGAUUGCCUGUCUCUCAAUGGAGGUGGCAGAAGGGCAAGGUGCCAGCGGGUUUUGUAAGCACCUGAGAGGAGCGAUGACAAGCAGCGUCUGAGUCGCAGACACAGGUGGCCCUGACAUCCCCUCGCGCCGUGGUCAGAAGGGACCCACGCAUGCUGCUCUAGAUGGAGAGGAGUAAGAACGCCCAUCAGGCUUUGCUCAAUGAAGGAGAGGAGAAUGAGCUGGAGGUGUUUGGCUACCAUACCCAGACUCUACGGAGAGCCCUGUGCUUUGUCUCAGCCAUCCUGACUCUUGGGGCCCUUCAGCUGAUGUUCUAUUGGAGGCCUGAGUGGUGGGUUUGGACCAGUUGCAUCCCAUGCCCUUUGCAAGAAGCAGACACAGUUUUGUUGAGGACAACAGACGAAUUUCGAAGGUACAUGAGGAAAAAAGUCUUCUGCCUCCACUUAUCCACACUAAAGUUCCCUCUAAGCAAGAACCCAGCGGAACCUCUGGUGGCAGACCGCCAUUCGGUCAUAAACCAAGCUGUAAUGAAGCCAGAAUUAAAACUGCAAUGCAUCCAAGUGCAGAAAAUCAGGUACGUGUGGGAUUUCUUGGAGAAGCGGUUUCAGAAAGUUGGGUUGCUGGAAGACAGUAACUCCUGCUUCGACAUCCACCAUACAUUCGGACUGGGUCUGACCAGUGAAGAACAGGAGGUCAGAAGGUUAGUGUGUGGGCCCAACGCUAUCGAGGUGGAGAUCCAGCCUGUAUGGAAGCUGCUGGUUAAACAGGUUUUAAAUCCAUUCUAUGUGUUCCAAGCCUUCACCCUCACUCUGUGGCUGUCUCAGGGUUACAUAGAAUACUCUGUGGCCAUCAUCAUCUUGACUGUUAUCUCUAUUGUCUUAAGUGUGUAUGACUUGAGACAGCAAUCCAUUAAACUGCACAACCUCGUGGAGGACCACAACAAAGUCCGGGUCACCAUCGCAGUAAAAGGCAAAGGUCUGCAGGAGCUGGAGUCCCGUCUCCUGGUUCCAGGGGAUAUUCUCAUUCUUCCAGGGAAGAUUUCAUUGCCCUGUGAUGCUGUCCUCAUCGAUGGGAAUUGUGUGGUGAAUGAAGGAAUGCUCACAGGAGAAAGUAUACCUGUUACAAAGACGCCAUUGCCUCACACGGAGAACACCAUGCCCUGGAAAACCCACAGCUUAGAGGACUACCGGAAACACGUGCUUUUCUGUGGAACAGAAGUGAUCCAGGUCAAGCCAUCCGGGCAGGGACCUGUUAGGGCUGUUGUUCUGCAGACAGGUUAUAAUACAGCAAAAGGGGACUUGGUGAGAUCCAUCCUCUACCCUCGACCUCUGAACUUCAAGCUGUAUAAUGAUGCCUUCAAGUUCAUGGUGUUCCUGGCCUGUAUUGGUGUUGUGGGAUUUUUCUAUGCCCUAGGUGUCUAUAUGUACCAUGGAGUGCCUCCGAGAGAAACCGCAACCAUGGCGCUGAUCCUCCUCACGGCCACCGUUCCUCCGGUGCUCCCUGCUGCCCUGACCAUAGGCAAUGUGUACGCCCAGAAGAGGCUGAAGAAGAAGAAGAUUUUCUGUAUCUCUCCGCAGAGAAUCAACAUGUGUGGCCAGAUCAACCUCGUGUGCUUUGACAAAACAGGGACGCUCACAGAAGAUGGGCUGGACCUCUGGGGGACUGUCCCUACGGCUGGCAACUGUUUCCAGGCAGUCCACAGCUUUGCCUCAGGCCAGGCUAUGCCCUGGGGCCCACUGUGUGCAGCCAUGGCCAGCUGCCACUCCCUGAUCCUUCUCGAUGGGACCAUCCAAGGAGACCCUUUGGACCUCAAAAUGUUUGAAGGCACUGGCUGGAACAUGGAAGAUUGCCAAGUGGCUUCCGGCAAAUUUGGCGUGUCAGAUUCAAGCCCAGUAAUAAAACCAGGACCAAAAGCCAGUCAGAGUCCCGUGGACACCAUCACCAUCCUGCGCCAGUUUCCAUUUUCCUCGGCCCUACAGAGGAUGUCUGUGAUUGCCCAGCUGGCUGGUGACCUCCACCUCCACGUCUACAUGAAGGGCGCCCCAGAGAUGGUGGCCAGCUUCUGCCAGUCUGAAACAGUGCCCAAGAAUUUCCCGCAGGAGCUGAGGAAAUACACAGUACAAGGCUUCCGUGUCAUCGCCCUUGCCCAUAAGACCCUGAAGAUGGAGAAGCUUUUGGAUGUAGAACGUUUGGAAAGGGAGACAGUGGAGUCCGAGUUGGCAUUUCUGGGACUUCUCAUCAUGGAGAAUCGCUUGAAGAAAGAAACAAAGCCCGUGUUGAAGGAGCUGAGUGAGGCCCACAUCAGGACUGUGAUGAUUACAGGUGACAAUCUUCAAACUGCCAUCACUGUGGCUAAGAAUUCCGAAAUGAUUCCUAUGGGCAGCCAGGUCAUCAUUAUCGAGGCUAAUGAGCCAGGAGACCUUCUUCCUGCCUCUGUGACCUGGCAGCUGGUGGGGACCCAAGAGCCCGGCUCUGCAAAGAAGGAAACCUACAUCGAUAUCGGAAACAGUUCUGCACCUGGUGGGAAAGGUUACCAUUUUGCCAUGAGUGGGAAGUCAUACCAAGUGCUGUUUCAGCAUUUCUACAGCAUGCUGCCCAAAAUUCUGGUUAAUGGCACCAUUUUUGCAAGGAUGUCUCCUGGGCAGAAAUCAAGCCUCGUGGAAGAGUUUCAGAAAUUAAAUUAUUACGUGGGCAUGUGUGGAGAUGGAGCCAAUGACUGUGGGGCUUUGAAAAUGGCUCAUGCAGGCAUCUCGCUAUCAGAACAGGAAGCAUCCGUGGCAUCUCCCUUCACCUCGAAAACAGCCAAUAUCGAGUGUGUGCCUCAUCUCAUCAGGGAGGGCCGAGCAGCGCUGGUUUCAUCUUUUGGUGUAUUUAAGUACUUGACCAUGUAUGGCAUCAUCCAGUUUAUUGGAACAUCACUUCUCUAUUGGCAACUACAGAUCUUUGGCAAUUACCAGUAUCUCUUGCAAGAUGUGGCCAUCACACUGAUGGUCAGCUUAACAAUGAGCAUAAAUCAUGCCUACCCGAAGUUGGCUCCAUACAGACCAGCAGGACAACUGCUCUCUCCUCAGCUGCUACUCUCAGUCUUCCUGAAUUCCUGUUUCACCUGCAUUGUACUGGUGUCUGCAUUUCUCUCCGUGAAGCAGCAGCCCUGGUACUGUGAGGUCUAUCGGUACAGUGAAUGCUUUCUGACCAACCAAAGUAACUUCUCAACCAAUAUGAGUUUGGAGCGAAACUGGACCGGAAACGCGACUCUGAUUCCUGCUUCCGUUCUAAGUUUUGAGAGCACUACCAUGUGGCCCAUCGUCACCUUCAACUGCAUCUCAGCUGCGUUCAUUUUUUCUAAGGGAAAGCCGUUUCGGGAACCCAUCUACACAAACUAUUUAUUCUCACUUCUGCUGACAGCUGCUGUGGGCCUCACAAUUUUCAUUCUGUUUUCUGAUUUUCAAGAUCUAUACCGUGUAAUGGAGUUCAUCCCAACCAUCACAUCAUGGAGAGUUUCAAUUCUGGUGGCAGCCUUUGUCCAGUUCUGUGUGAUCUUCUUCGUGGAGGAUGCCAUCCUUCAAAAUAGAGAGCUCUGGCUGUUUAUAAAGAAAGAAUAUGGAUUCUACUCAAAAAGUCAGUACAGGAUCUUGCAGAGAAAGCUGGCAGAAGACUCUACCUGGCCUCCCACGAACAGGACGGAUUAUGCAGACGAUGGCAAAAAUGGAUUCUACAUCAACAAAGCCUAUGAAAGCUCUGAACAGGCCCCCAGAGGGAAACUCAGGCUGGGAGGGCAAGCUGCAGAACAGCACUUUUGGACCAGACUAUAACCUGAAUAGCUGCCAUGCCUGUUCCCCAACAUCACCUUUUGUCUCCCAAACUAACCGUUGUGGAGAGGUAAAAAUUGUAUACUCUCCUUUUCUCCUCCAUCUAAGCAUUCAAAGCACUUCAAUAUAUCGAGCCUUGCAGCAAAGAACCCUUGCAUUCAUGCUAUCCUUCACUAGUGAGAGAAAAAAAAAACUGCAUGUCUCAGAUCAUCAUUUUAAUAAACUGUAUUCAUAAUGUACUGUUUUUUAACUGCAUUGUUCUCAUGCAAUGAAACUAGAUGUAUGGACAUCAAGUGAGAAGGAACAUUGAGGAAGUAUUUAGUAUUUGAAAAUUUGACUGAUGCAUGAAUUGAUAUUAAGUUUCCUUAAUCUUAUGUUAACUUGUGAAGCACAUUGUUGUAUACAUCUUGGCCCCGAAUCACUGAAUUCUCCCUGUUGUUGUAUCUUUGGUAUGGCUUCAAUAGAGAGAGAGAGAAAGGAAUGAAUAAUUCCACCCUGACUGCACAGAAAGCCAGAGUUGUGUGGAAGUGGGAACAAUAGAGAUAGGUGCAAAUCACUGGGAAUCAUGGUAUGGGCAUUGUUUAAAUGUAAGCAAACUACACCAACUCUGUACAUUCCCAAAGCUUAUUGUAUGGGGCCAGUGAACUUGACAGUUCAGAGUAGACUAAAGUAAUCAAAUAAACUGUUUAAAUGUGUUUUUUCACUUAUAAA